UUCCUCCAAGAUGGCGAGCGGCGGCGGCGGCGGCGCUGGGGGGGUUUCGGUGCCUGCGCUCUGGAGCGAAGUGAACCGUUACGGCCAGAAUGGUGACUUCACGCGCGCUCUCAAGACCGUCAACAAAAUACUGCAGAUCAACAAGGAUGAUGUAACUGCCCUACACUGUAAAGUGGUAUGCCUCAUCCAGAAUGGAAGCUUUAAGGAAGCCUUGAACAUCAUCAAUUCUCAUACCAAAGUGUUAGCCAAUAACUCUCUCUCUUUUGAGAAGGCAUAUUGCGAGUAUAGGCUGAACAGAAUUGAGAAUGCCUUGAAGACAAUAGAAAGUGCCAACCAGCAGACAGACAAGCUAAAGGAGCUUUAUGGACAAGUGUUAUACCGGCUAGAACGCUAUGAUGAAUGCUUAGCUGUGUAUAGAGAUCUCGUCCGAAACUCCCAAGAUGAUUAUGAUGAGGAGAGAAAAACAAACCUUUCAGCAGUUGUUGCAGCUCAAAGCAAUUGGGAAAAAGUGGUUCCAGAGAACUUGGGCCUACCAGAAGGCACACAUGAACUAUGCUACAAUGCUGCAUGUGCACUGAUAGGACAAGGCCAGCUGAGUCAGGCAAUGAAAAUCCUACAAAAAGCUGAAGAUCUUUGCCGCCGUUCAUUAUCAGAAGAUUCUGAUGGGACUGAGGAAGACCCACAGGCAGAACUGGCCAUCAUUCACGGGCAGAUGGCCUAUAUUCUGCAGCUUCAGGGUCGUACAGACGAGGCUCUGCAACUUUACAAUCAGAUAAUAAAACUGAAGCCAACAGAUGUGGGAUUGCUAGCUGUGAUUGCAAAUAACAUCAUUACCAUUAACAAGGACCAAAAUGUCUUUGACUCCAAGAAGAAGGUGAAAUUAACCAAUGCAGAAGGAGUAGAGUUUAAGCUUUCCAAGAAACAGCUGCAAGCUAUAGAAUUUAACAAAGCUUUACUUGCUAUGUACACAAAUCAGGCAGAACAAUGCCGAAAAAUAUCUUCUAGUUUACAGUCCCAAAGCCCUGAGCGUCUCCUGCCUGUGUUAAUCCAAGCUGCACAGUUCUGUCGUGAAAAGCAGCACAUAAAAGCUAUAGAGCUGCUUCAGGAAUUUUCAGAUCAGCAUCCAGAAAAUGCAGCAGAAAUUAAGCUGACCAUGGCACAACUGAAAAUUUCCCAAGGGAAUAUUUCCAAAGCAUGUCUAAUCUUGAGAAGCAUAGAGGAAUUAAAGCAUAAACCAGGCAUGGUAUCUGCAUUAGUGACUAUGUACAGCCAUGAAGAAGAUAUUGAUAGCGCCAUUGAGGUCUUCACACAAGCUAUCCAGUGGUAUCAAAACCAUCAGCCCAAAUCUCCUGCUCAUUUGUCCUUGAUAAGAGAAGCUGCAAAUUUCAAACUCAAAUAUGGACGGAAGAAGGAAGCAAUUAGUGACCUAGAACAGCUAUGGAAACAAAAUCCAAAAGAUAUUCAUACCCUGGCACAGCUUAUUUCUGCUUACUCACUAGUAGAUCCUGAGAAAGCAAAAGCUCUUAGUAAACACUUGCCCUCGUCAGAUAGUAUGUCUCUGAAAGUAGAUGUUGAGGCUCUUGAAAAUUCUCCAGGUGCUACGUACAUUCGGAAGAAGGGUGGAAAAGUUGCUGGAGAUAGUCAACCAAAGGAGCAAGGACAGGGAGAUUUGAAAAAGAAGAAGAAGAAAAAGAAGGGAAAACUGCCUAAGAAUUAUGACCCAAAAGUGACUCCAGAUCCAGAAAGAUGGCUACCAAUGCGUGAGCGGUCUUACUACCGGGGAAGAAAGAAGGGUAAGAAGAAGGAUCAGAUUGGAAAGGGGACCCAGGGAGCAACUGCAGGAGCUUCCUCUGAACUGGAUGCCAGUAAAACUGUGAGCAGCCCACCCACCUCCCCAAGACCUGGCAGUGCAGCAACAGCAUCUGCAUCUACAAGUAAUAUCAUACCCCCAAGACACCAGAAACCUGCAGGGGCUCCAGCAACAAAAAAGAAACAGCAACAGAAAAAGAAGAAAGGUGGAAAAGGUGGCUGGUGAUUAGAACAUUGUUGUUGCAGACUAUUUUUCAGCUAGUCUUAGUGACACUGGGAACUUAAUAAAGGAUCUUAAAACAGCCUAUCACAUUACAGACAUCCAUGAAGCUUUGGCGUUAUCUGACGUGGGA